AUGUCAAAGAAGCAAAAGACCUCUGCAUCCGCCCACCCAAACAGCAAGCCUCGGGUCAAGGAAUCACGAAUCAAACUCGAUGCCCACGGGUUCAAGGUCAAAUCAAGGACCCAGGACGAAGAGCAGGUCAAACCAGAAUACGUCAUUGACGGCGCCCUACGAAGAGUAAAACCUUAUUAUUUUGUCUACAAAACUUACUGCAAACAACGAUGGAGAGAGCGCACGAUUUUGGAUAUCUUCAGCACUGAAUUCCGUGACAAAUCCUUAGAAUACUACCGACAAGCGAUCGAGGCGGGUCAAGUCAAGAUCAACGACGUUGUUGCCUCGGUAGACACCAUUAUUCAUGAUGGAGAUUAUAUCCAUCAUCGAUCCCAUAAGCACGAGCCACCAGUGUUGGCUGCCAGCCCGGAAAUUAUCUUUGAAAAUGACAACAUUCUUGUGAUCAGUAAACCUAACGGGUUGCCAGCCCAUCCAACCGGCCGUUACAAAUUCAAUUCUGCCGCCAGUAUAUUGAAAUACGAGCGUGGAUUGGUAUGUCAUCCUUGUAAUCGUUUGGAUAGAUUGACUUCAGGGUUGAUGUUCUUGGCAAAAACCUCGAAAGGUUCGAGGUUGAUGUACGAUCAACUUACCAAUAGAACCGUCGAAAAGUAUUAUAUUGCCAGGGUGGUGGGAGAUUUCCCGCUUGGAGAUAAAGAUAAAAACUAUGAAAUAACCGUGGACCAACCUUUGGAAAGUGUCGAGCCUCGUUUAGGAUUGAAUGGCAUUGCAAAAGAUGAGAUUGAUGGCAAGCACGCCACGACAAUAAUGAAGAAAAUCUCUUACGAUAAAGCCACAAACACCAGUAUCGUGAAAUGUCAACCCCUCACGGGACGCUCUCAUCAAAUCAGAGUUCACUUGCAGUAUUUGGGCCAUCCAAUCGCUAACGAUCCUUUAUAUUCCAACGUUGAUGCAUGGGGUCCGGAAUUGGGAAAAGGAGGCUUGUCAGAUUACUCGAGCGCUGUUGCAGCAUUGAACAAAUGCGGUAGAAACGAACCUUCUUCAAGUUGGUACUAUCAAACCAAUGACAAAUUCAAAGAUAUGAAACCUGGCGAAUUGUUGUCUGACAAAGAAUGCGAAGUGUGUAAGACAGAAUUAUACACCGAUCCAAACGCGGAAGAUUUGGAAAUUUGGUUACACGCCUACAAGUAUCAAACAAAGAACUACGAUGAGGAAGUAAAAGAAGUUGCCACAGAAACACAAAAUACCGAUGAAAAAUCAGAUGAAAAUGAGUUUAAAAGAUGGUCAUUUCAAACCCCACUUCCACAUUGGGCACUUGACUCGUACAAGCCAUUAAUGGAACUUGCAAUUAAAGAGGCUGCAAAAUGUCCGCCUACCACUACUGCUUUUUCCGUAGGAGCAGUUCUUGUCAAUUCUUCGACUAAUGAGAUUUUGGCCACCGGGUACUCUCGUGAGCUUCCUGGUAACACUCACGCGGAACAAAACGCUCUUACCAAGUAUUACGCUUCUCAUAACAAUAAACCUUUACCAGAUGGGACUGUUUUAUAUACCACCAUGGAGCCUUGCAGCUUGAGGCUCAGUGGGAAUUUACCAUGCGUGGAUCGAAUUCUUGAAACCGAAGGGAAGAUCGUGUCAUGUUUUGUGGGGGUUAUGGAACCAAAGACGUUUGUGGAGAACAACGUUGGCCGUGAAAAGUUGAUGAGAAAUGGGGUGGAGUAUGUUCAUAUUCCAGGGUACGAAGAAGAGAUUUUGAAAUGGGCGUACAAAGGCCAUGAGAACAAAGAAUGA